AUGAAUCAAGCAGGCGUAGUGGCUUGUUGCGCCGUUUGUAAACAGCAAACUCAUCGUAGAUGUGCUCGCUGUUUAAUCGUUUAUUAUUGUAAUACGGAACAUCAGCGACAGGAUUGGCGGAGACAUAAAAGUAAGUGCGCACCCAAGUUGCAAAAACAAGGCUCUCGAAACGGCAUAGUAGCCGAAUUUCCGCCUGUCAGUUCUGAAGAUCUAAAAAGAACAACUUCUGAGAAUCUUAAUAUUAGUACAUUAGAAAAACCGCACAAAUCUAAUGAAGAGACGUUGGCUAGUGAAAGUAGACAUACGAAAAAGACAACUGGUAAAAGUUUGAAAAUUGAGGGUAGUGAAUCUAGUCUUGACAAUAUAAGUGACUCUAACUGUUUAAAAAUUAAAAGCGAAGCCCUUAGUAGAAAAGAAGUUUUAAAAAAUAGUGUAAUCUCAAGUGUAGUGUAUACAAAUAAAGACUUGCCAAAAGUAAGUGCCAUAACACAUGAAGGUUCAUCAGAACAAGAGAUUUUAAGUGAGAAAGCUCAGCAAUUAAACACAGUGGAGUUUUCUGGAACAGCACAUGUGUUGUCUACAGUGAAGAAUGAUGUAAAGAUGCCUGAACUACCUCAAGAGCAUCAAACAAAAAUUAAAGAGUAUCCAGAAGCUUCAUUAAAAGGCAGCUCAGCACCAUUUUCCAAUAUGGUGAAUAGCUAUUAUAUGGAUCAAACAGACCCAUCUUAUGAUAUAUGUCAAAGGGUGAUACGGGACAUGACACAGUAUGGCGUGUGUGUUUUAAACAACUUUCUUGGUAAAGAAAGAGGACUUUUAGUUCUACAAGAAGUUUUAGAUAUGUACAGAUCAGGAAUAUUUACAGCAGGUCAGUUGGUGUCAAAUCCUGUCAGAACAGAGGCUCAAACCAUUCGAAGCGACAGGAUAACAUGGAUAGAUGGCAAAGAGAAACACUGUUAUCACAUAGGACAAUUAAUAAGUCAAGUGGAUAAUAUAAUUCUCAAAGCGAACAAAAUGGUUAAUAAUGGCAAGAUGGGGAACUACAUCAUCAAUGGAAGAACGAAGGCAAUGGUGGCAUGUUACCCCGGCUCGGGCAGCCAUUACGUGAAGCACGUGGAUAAUCCAAACAAAGAUGGCCGGUGCAUCACUGCCAUAUACUAUCUGAAUCUCGACUGGGACGUUAAGCGAUGCGGGGGUUUGCUUAGGGUAUUUCCUGAAGGUACAAAUCAAGUUGCGGACAUAGCGCCGAUAUUCGAUAGAAUGCUGUUUUUCUGGUCAGACAGGCGGAAUCCACACGAAGUGCAACCGGCCUACGCAACGAGAUAUGCUAUCACGCUAUGGUAUUUCGACUCCCAGGAGAGAGAAGAGGCACUGCGGAAGUACAAACGCGGACAGCCAUCUUCAAGCAAGUGA